UGACAAUUUUUCUGUUUUCUAUUGAACCCAGUGCUCCCUUCGGUCUGUUGCUAACAAUAGAAUAAAUGUCUAGAUCUAGGUCCUGGGUCUAAAGUUUUCACGCCCGUUGACCUGUUCAAGGGUUUGUUGAGGAUGUUGGCACAAUACAUCUCUAGUGUAUAUGUUUGUGAAAGCAACUCGCACACGACUAAAAAACAAUAAUGACGCAGUGGGAUUGGUUGAGGAGAUUUGCGAUGGUAUGACGUAGUCAAACGUUGCGCAAGCUCCGGGAUGAAAUGGGGAUGAAAGCUCUGCAAGCUCAUCUAGCAGCAGAGGUAGAAUAAGGUACAUACGUCAGAAUGACGGAGGGAUAAAACAGCGCCGGAUUGUGGAAUCACGUCACGAGUGGAGAUGCGUCUCAAGGGAGGGUAAACAUAUCACGUUAAUUAUUUUUCUUCAUUUAUUCGUCGGAAAGAAUCGAUCAGUGAUGGGAGUGUCUGAUGCAGGGGUAGAUAUUCAACGAAGGGUGUAGGAAGUGUAGGGAAAGGCAUCUGUGGACAGUGAUUGGAUUGAAAAAAGCUGAAAAGAAUGGCAAGUUCAGCAACAACUGAUGGGGUUGAAGCUGAUGCUAGUCUGGCUGGCGCCCCAAGAAAUCCUCUCACUUGUGGUGUCUGCCAAGAUUACUAUUCAGAGCCGUGUCUUCUCUCCUGCUUCCACACGGUAUGCGCAAGAUGCAUACGAGGACCGCACCUGGAUGGAAAAGUCGUCUGUCCAAUUUGCGGACAAAUUACUCAACUCGAAGAAGGUGCACAAAUGCCUCCGGUAGAUCAAUUGAUAUGUCAACUAGUAGAGAUCGCGAAUUCAGAAAAUCCAGCUUGUGCCAAUUGCGACAAACGUGACAAAUCAACUAUGUUUUUUUGCACAACAUGUGGUCAAGCUUUAUGUACCCACUGUCGAGAACAUACUCAUCGUGCGAAAAUGUUCUCAUCACAUGAAGUUGUGCAUAUGAGCAAAUGCUCGAAAGAAACUCAAAAACGUUGUCCAACUCAUGGCGAUUUAUUUAUUAUGUACAGCCAAAGUACUAAGUCUAUGUUAUGUGCAACCUGCCUUCGAGAUACACCAAAUGACGCUAGGAUCCAUUGUGUUGAUAUUGAUACGGCGUGGCAACAAGCAUCAAAAAAAAUGGAAAGAGCAGCCAAUUCGAUUUGUGAACUGCAGGCUGGGGUGCGUGAUGGUUUAUUAGCUCUAAAAAGCCAACUUGAUGAAUUGCGACAUAAUUUAGAUUCCGAAAAGCGCACUCUUAAUUCGUAUUGCCAAGGGAUGCAAGAUGCUAUUACGAAAACUCACCAAUCGGUUUCAGCUGAAUUACAAAGACAAUUUGAAAUAAAAGAAAGAAUGGUUCGAUCUCAAUUGCUAAGUCUGGGGUCAGCUCUUCCAGUUUUACAGAUGCAUUUAAUGCUUUGUACUGUAUUUACUAGUGGAGCUACCAAAUAUCAAUUUCUCGAGCUCGCUCAUCCUAUGCUUGAACGACUUGGUCAUGUCGCUCAACUGGUAUACCCGUCCAGACCACCUGUACUAACUGGUCACUUUAAAAUCAAUUAUCGAAAUAAAUUUGUCCGUGUGCUUCAGCCGUUUAUUGGACAAUUAAAUACUGGGCACAAGGAUUUAUAUGACCACACUCAUCAAAUCUCAACAGAGCCCCAACUUCUUCAGAGCACAAAAGCGAGCACAAGACUACCUAAGUCUACAGUAGAUGCUGGACCAUUUUCAAGCCAUUGCCGAACUUUUGAUUCACAACUAAAGGAAUUGAGUCAACAACUAAUGACUGUGAAGGAGAGGCUCAAUGAAUUGCAUCGAGAUGUAACACUUUUGAGACGUGCUAAUACUCCGCCACUUGGAUCAAGAUAUGAUCAUGUUGCUCGAGACUGUAGAUUAUUAGAACAACAGUUAGAACAGCAUCAAAUUGAAUUGGAACGACUGAGAGACAUCUUUGAUGCUCUUUGGGAAGAGCAGUUGUGUAAAAUUCACAUUGAAAAAGAAAUCUUCCAUUCACAAAUGAAUGACAUCUUGAUGUUGAGAGGUGAAGUUAAACAACUGCAGACGUUGACGCAACAGUUGGAGCCUUUUGUUAAAUCCUUUUCGGCUGGAGUGGCUGCCGGAGAAAUGAGUGCUGCUGCUGCUGACGCUGCAGGCCAUCAACAUUUGCAAGCACUUUUAGAUCAUUUCACAAGACUACAAAUGCAAGAACCUCAACAACAAGCCUCUUCUAAAGAUUGUAGACAUGCUAAAGCUUCUAGUGUAACUGAUAACAUUCUCUAUAUGAAAGAGUCGAAAGAUGCUCCAAGAAGUAGGACACCGUCUGGUGGUGUGGGGGCUCUUCUUGAUUCUGCAGGAAACAUUAUUGUUUAUGGAACUGCUAAGUCUUCAGAAGCUAAGCGAGGAGUUCUAAGUCAAUUACUUGAAAAAGCAAGACCAAGAGAAGAUAGAAAAAAAUCACCCGGACGAGAAGAAAGUAGAGAUCGAAGUCAAAGUCGAAGAUCUCGAAAAUCCCCUGAUGGUCAAAAACCUAAAACUCCACCAGGCCAUUCGUCUACUAGUAAAGUUCGCUCACUCUAUCGUUCGUUAAAAGGUGGAACUGGGGGAGAUACAGGAGAUAACAUCGAGCAAGAAAAAGUUCCUGAAAGUCAACAACAACAACAACAACAGCAACAGGUUUCUGGAACUACUGAAGACAGUGAGUAUCAGAGGAUAUCUGAUGCAUCAACUCUUGGAGAAGCCAAAAAAUCACGAGUUCAAGCACAAAUUCAUGCUGCUCCAUCAGAAGAUCCCAAUCCUAUUUCUGAAAGACAAAAAACUGUUAAAGUUUAUCCAGCAAGUGAUUCAGAAGAUGUUUUUUACUCAACUGAAAAGAAUGCUGAUGUAAGAAGAAGAAGACGAGCAAGCUGUGAUAGCAUCAGUACUACAGGAUCCGGUAGUCGAAGAUCAAGUAUUGUUGAUGGCACUGGAGGUCAAGGUCAAGAUCCAAGAAAAACUGUUCUAGUAUUGAUUGGAACUUCCUCGUCUAAAUCUACUCCAAGUCUAGUGCAAAAACAACGCUCAUGGGAAACUUUUCCGCGGCCUAAAAGCAAAAGAUCUCCAGUAAGUACUGCAGCUACUGAAGCUUCUGUUACAGGUCUUGGUCCUUUGAAGAAAGCCGAUAGCUUCGAGGGCCAUGAAGAGGCUGUUAGAACUCUUGUUGCUGCUGUGCAAGAAACACGAGUUCAAAGACAUCACCAUGCUCAUCACCAUCGCCAUCAUCGUAAAAGUAAAACGAAUUAAAUUUUUUUUUAUUACUUUUUACUAUCCCGUAAAUUUUUUAAUUACAAUAAGGGAUUUUUUAAAUCACAAUUUACAUUAUUUCAAAUGAAAAAGGUAAUGCAAAAUGAACGCAUGAAUGAUGCUGCCAACUAAUAAGUGAAUUGUUAGUUAUUUAAUGUUAAUUAUAUAAUUGUACUAAUUGUGCCGGCGAAUAAAUACUUAAUAACAGUGAAACUUAGAGCCUUUACUAGGUAAUACGUAGAUAAAAAUAAAUAAAUAUUAACAUAGGUGAAAAAUAAAAAAUUCUCAAUAUUCUAUUUAUCUUCCAAUUUAUGUUAAAUAAACUAUUAUUAAACUGUUAAACUCAUGAAUACAUAUGUGGCAAAUUGGAAGAUAAAUGAAAUAAUUAGAAUGAUUAAUAUUGAAAUAAUCAAUUGAUAGAUUAAAAAAAUAAAAAAUCAAUAAACGACACUGCCAACCGUCACGAUACGAAUUUAAUAUGAGCUCGACAUGUUAUUGCUCCAAAAUAUAAUUAAUAAAUAGAUAAUAAAAAAAAAAAAGAUAAACGUAAAAAAUGUUGAUUAAAUGUCGAAUAAAAAUAUUAUCGAGUCACAAGAGUUAAGAAUAGUCUAAUAAAAAAAUUAAAUAAAAAAAACACCAAGAGAUAAAAUGAAUAAAUGAUCAAAUUCAAGUAUCAAAUGAUGACUGUGUUAAAAUAUAAACUACUUAAAGAAACGUUUUUAAAUGAAUUAAUCUACAUUCCAUUGUGGACAAUUUUAAUAAUUAAAGUAAUUGAAAAUAAAACAAUAAAACAUACCUUUGAAUUAAUUUUUUAGGUUCUAUCGAUUACAGAACCCUC